AUGAAAAUACUAUUUUACAAACUUGAAAUUUCAGAAACAGCAGUCUUUCUAGUAAAAGUAGUUAAUGUUUUUGAUAAAGCUGAUGUAGAUGAUAUUGAUGUGAAUAAUGAGGCUGAAGUUGAUACUGAUGUAGCUAUGGAUGAUGCUAAUAUGGAUGAUGAUGUUGAAGCUAAUGUGGUGAUAUUCUACAUUCUUUAG